GCUGUCAUAUGACGCUUGCACCUGCUCAGCUCUUACCGUUAGAGUUGGUCGACAAAUGUAUCGGGUCGAGAAUACACAUCAUAAUGAAGAAUGACAAAGAAAUGGUUGGAACGCUAUUGGGGUUCGACGGAUACGUCAAUAUGGUGCUUGUGGAUGUCACCGAGUUUGAGUUCACUGCUCAGGGAAAGCGGAUUACAAAGUUGUCCCACAUUCUGCUGAAUGGAAGUAACAUCGCCAUGAUGGUUCCCGGUGGAGAAGGUCCCGAGAUCUGAUUAUCAUGUGGUGAUUGUUGUUGUCUGUACAUAAAUGCACUAACAUUGCUUUGGG